GAGUGAGUGCUCGUCGCGGCCGCACGCGUCGCAACGGAAAAUGCCGGCAAAACAACUCGAAUAGUGUUCUGAGUGCUUGUGUUUGUAAACGGGAUUUGUUGACAUUAUUGUUUUUGGUCUCUGAUGUCACGAUGCGCAGCGACAUGGCGUACCGCGGUCUGUCGCAGCACGUGGAGCUGGACCGAGCUGCGGACCCUCGCGACAGGUUCACGCUGCAGGAGCUGAUCGGGGAAGGCACCUACGGGGAAGUCUACUGCGCGAAAGACCGGAAGUCCGGCCGACGAGUCGCUGUCAAGAUAUUAGAAAACAUAACAGAAAAUAUAGAAGAGAUCGAAGAGGAAUUUCUCGUGUUUCGCGACCUGUCAACUCAUCCCAACAUUCCAGAGUUUUUUGGAUUAUUUCUGAAGAGAGGAGUAACUUCUGAGGAUGACCAAAUAUGGUUCGUUAUGGAGCUCUGCACGGGCGGCUCUGUCACGGACCUGAGCGCUGGCAUGCGAGCCCGAGGUCAGAAUUUGACGGAACCACAACUAGCCUAUGUGCUCCGAGGUACAAUUCGGGCUCUUACCCAUCUGCACUCCCACCGUUGCAUGCAUCGGGACGUCAAAGGACAUAACAUCUUAUUGACCGAAGAUGCUGAAGUCAAACUGGUCGAUUUCGGCGUAUCAUCACAUUUGGCAGCUACUAUUGCCAGGAGGAACACAUCGGUUGGAACACCGUAUUGGAUGGCUCCUGAGGUGAUAGCCUGUGAGCAGCAGUUAGACCAGUCGUACGAUUGCAGAUGUGACGUCUGGUCAGUUGGGAUAACAGCAAUAGAGUUAGCAGAAGGAGAGCCACCCUUGUCAGGCCUACAUCCCAUGCGAGCGUUGUUCCAAAUACCCAGAAACCCCCCACCUACGUUGUCACAUCCAGAACGAUUCUCCCCUCAACUAGCAGAUUUUAUAUCCGAAUGUCUAAUCAAAGAUAUGAACCAAAGACCCUUCGCACGAGAACUUCUAGAGCAUCCGCUUCUAUUAGCAGUUAAUAGUUUUGAGAAUAAAAUAAGGAAAGAGCUUCACGCUGAAAUAAAAAGGCAGAGAGCGGAAGGCCGUAAUUGCCGAGCCGCGGAAGCCACGACAAAGAGAGGGAAACUGAAAUCGCAUCGAAAGGCGAAACCUGAAAAAAUGUAUACCGACGAUCUCGCCACGCUGGAAGCGCUAACCGAGGACGCUAUAGUCGAGCAGCUACACAAAAGAUACUCACAGAACCAAAUAUACACCUAUAUUGGAGAUAUUCUCGUUGCUGUUAAUCCGUUUACGGAUAUAGGGAUUUAUACUUCAAAGACACAAGAACAAUAUCAGAAUCGAUGUCGUUCAGACAACCCACCACACAUCUUCGCAGUAGCGGAUGCUGCACAUCAAGCGCUGAUGCACCAGAAGCAGCACCAAUCUAUUGUUAUAUCUGGUGAAAGUGGUGCGGGGAAAACGGAGUCAGCAAAUCUUCUGCUGAAACAGCUCGUAUAUUUAUCAAAGACACAAAACGGCAACCUUGAAGAAAAAAUUCUACAAGUGAACCCAAUUAUGGAAGCAUUCGGCAACGCUCGCACGGGAAUUAACGCUAACAGCUCGCGUUUUGGGAAAUAUUUAGAUCUAACGAUAGUACGAGUUGGAAGGAUUUCUGGUGCACGAAUUUCCGUUUAUCUUUUAGAACAAUCUAGAGUGGUUCACCAGGCAUUAGGAGAAAGCAAUUUCCACGUCUUUUAUUACCUUUACGAUGGCUUAGAAAGCGAAGGUCGCUGGAGAAAAUUUUAUUUGGACGAGCAGCUUAAAUCUAGACAUCGUUAUUUACAACCCCUAUCGAUCACAUAUCGAGAACAUAAUGUUCACCGUUGGCGACAAUUAAACCAAGCCUUCAAAGUCGUUGGAUUUCAAGAGGAGGAAGUAGACAUUCUUUACAAAAUGUUGGCAGCCAUACUGCAUCUAGGCGAUAUAGAAUUUGCGGAAACAGCCGGUGAAGACAAUACCGAUAACAGAGCAACUAUAAUUGAUACAGCUCCAUUGCACAGAGCGUCAUGUCUUCUUGGAGUGGAAACAUCGGAGCUGCGCGAGUGUCUGACUAGUAGCAGUGUCGUCACGAAGGGAGAGACGAUAGCGCGUCACAGCUCGUCCACUGAGGCUGCUGUCGCUCGGGACGCUACGGCGAGAGGACUCUACGCCCGAGCCUUCGACAGGAUCGUUGAGAGAAUCAACGCACUUCUCUGUCAGAACAGGCCUAACCACGAUUUACUAUCUAUUGGAAUUCUGGAUAUUUUCGGCUUUGAAAACUUCACUAGAAACUCAUUCGAGCAGUUAUGUAUCAACAUCGCGAACGAGCAAAUUCAGUAUCAUUUCAAUCAGCACAUCUUCACGUGGGAGCAGCAGGAAUACAUGGCUGAGGGCAUACCUGUUGAUCUCGUGGAGUUCUCGGAUAACAGACCCGUUUUGGACAUGCUUUUAUCUCGCCCUAUGGGGCUUUUGGCGUUAUUGGACGAGGAAAGCCGUUUCCCUCGGGCUACGGAUAAAAGUCUUAUAGAAAAGUUCCAUCGCAAUGUCAAAAGUAAAUACUACGUACGGCCCAAGUCGGAUGCCGUGUGUUUCGCAAUUCAUCACUUCGCUGGUCGUGUUGUGUACCAGGCGGAAGGCUUUCUAGAGAAGAAUCGCAACUUUUUACCGCCUGAAGUCGUUCAGCUGAUGCGUCAGAGUCAGUACGAUAUAAUAAGGUUCCUAUUCCAAUGCCCGUUGACGAAGACGGGGAAUCUAUUUCUGCCAUCUUGUGGAGAAUCGAACAUGAGAAGCUUGGGGGGUUCACAAUAUACUGAUACAAAACUGGAUCGAUUCAAGAGCCGAGGACUCGCGUCGCAGUCCCGAGCACAGCAGACAGUCUCAACAUAUUUCCGUUACUCCCUCAUGGAGCUACUCCAGAAGAUGGUCAGUGGUUCCCCGCAGUUCGUGCGAUGCCUCAAACCCAACGAUUCCAGAUCACCAAAGCAUUUCGAUUCAGCCAAAGUACUGAAGCAGCUACGGUACACUGGAGUACUGGAAACAAUAAGGAUAAGACAAAACGGCUUUUCCCACAGACUGACAUUUGACGACUUCAUAAAAAGAUACGGAUUCUUAGCAUUCGGAUACGAAGAACGUGUAACACCAGAUCGGGACACUUGUCGCCUCCUUUUGUUGCGAUUAAAAAUGGACGGCUGGGCUCUUGGCAAAUCAAAGGUGUUCCUCAAAUACUACCACGUUGAACUCCUCGCUAAGAUCUAUGAAGAGCAGUCAAAGAAAAUUGUGAAGGUCCAAGCGUACGUCCGUGGUUGGUUAGCUCGAAGAUACUACAUGCGGCUGAAGGUACAAAUGGCGAUAUCUGUGCUGACGCUGCAGAAACACGUCCGAGGCUGGCUGACCAGGAAGCGGCUGCAGGAGAGACAGAAGCAACUAGCCAGAGAGUUCCAGAAGGAACAAAUGGAUCAGGAUAAUAUGAGGAGGCAUCAAAAAGGAGGACCUGCUAAUAAGAAUAAGGCGAUGGCAAAAGCAAAAGCACUGAAGAGAAUGACUUCAGAUGACAGUGAUAGUAAUGAUACCAGCUCCAGUAAUAAAGAAAAUGUUCAUUCAAAUAAAGCAGCAGUGGUCAUACAAAGCCAUUUCCGCGGCUACACGGCUCGGCGGCGGCUAGCGAAGGGUCGAGCGCCAGCGCCGCCGAAGGAGGAGGCGCCGCCUGUCCCUCAUCAGAUCAUGCAGAUGCACGCUGCGCAGGAGAGAGCAGUGCAACUGCACACGUUCGCUGAACAGAUUCAUAACAAAAACCAGGAGGUCCAUGUUAACUUACGGAGGAACAAGCCUGGAGUCCCGUUGGAAACAGUUCAGAAGCCACCCCAAGAGUAUCGCCCUCCACCAGGCUUCACCAUAGUUCCAGCCAUCAUCAGAGGACAGCAGAUGUCCAAUGUAGAAGACACAAGCAGGCUCUCUAGUCCGUCUCCUGAAUUCUACGUUAGCGAUACGAUGCCGUGGCACGAAAUGCACCAGACCAAACAAGACGACGAAGCAAGGCUUGACCAGAACACAAACAACAAUUACGACGAAGAGAUCCAAAGCAACAAGCGACGGAUACCCUGCAGCAGGCAGUGCAGCGGCUUAGUCAGCGGUAACAAAAUAAUAGAGCUAGUGAGACAAACGCAGAAGUCGACCCCACCGCCGAAACCAGUGUACAGUCCCGCCUACGACCCCGAGUCGGAUCUGCGGAAAAUUCUCCGUAACUCCCCGGAAAUCCUCGCCACUCCCCUCUACGGUUCCGACGAUGACUACAACGACGGACCUUUCCGAUUCAAACAGCUGCUGCGACCGACCGUCGGCCCGACGGAGAGUUUGAGGAAGAGGAAGGUCAGGAAUUCCGGACAGUGCCCCUGGAUGUCCGACAGCUCGCAGGACAGUAAUAGCUCCAAGGAGUUGAAUAUCAAGAAAAGGCCACAAGUUAAUGUGGGGUCCUACUACAAUAGACAAUAAUGUGAUAAUUGGUUAAAUGAACGCUACAUGCAAAUCGGGUAUUUUCGUUUGUUUAUAAACAGUGGAAUUGAGAAUACUCAAAAACGCUAAUAGUUUGACAUUUUUUGUCCCAAGUAGAAUUGUAAAGAUUCUGUCCUCUCUAUUUUAAAGGGUAAAAUGCGUUUGAAAACUAGAAAAAUAAAAUUGUU